ACACAAGCUCACCCUUUCUGAGACCUGAAAAGACGGUCUUGGUCUCAUUCUCCUUCCUCCAGCGUCCCCUGCAAGCUCUUCCAAUCAACUAUCCUGCGUGGGUCCCUGGCGGACUUUGAGCUGGGCUUCCACCCCCUACUCAGUCAAAUUCCCAUUCCUUGCCUCACAUUAAAACCUCAUCAUGGCUAGCACUACCAGAGUCAUUCGUGGCCAGCCACCCUCGCCGCCCGAAUCGACGGAUCAGAACACGGUGGCUGAUGCUAACCAAGACUUCCAUGGUAUACUUUCGCCAAAUUUCGGACAGCCUGAGCCUUUUUCGGCUGCAGACCUUCAUGCAAGCCAUGUUCCAAGCGAGGUGAAAUACGAGGCAGCAUCAUUUGAUUAUCUUCCCCCCCCCUCUUCACAAUUCGUGUCUAAUGACUAUCCGCGAAACAUAUCAUUGCAUCAUCCGAUCGACACGCCACCAUCCACAGCAGACGACUGUCAUGUUCCUGGAAGCCUGAGUUCGGCGCCGCAGUGGUCAUCGCCUCAGAGUCAGAGACAGCCCCCUAGACCAAGGGUCGCCAGGCCUCCCAGAAUGCGGCGCAAGGGUCGGAAGUUGAAGGACCGAGAGUCCAGACCUCAUGUUGACAAGCCCCUGAGCGAGUUGACCAAGCACUUAACACAUAUCCCAAUCAAGGACAUGGAAAGUUGGGUGCAUCGCUCCAUAGAAACUCGGCGCCAGGAAGUCGCGAAGAAAAAUGGCAAGAUUGCCCGCCCAAUGAACUCAUUCAUGCUCUACCGGUCUGCAUUUGCGGAGCGAGCAAAAGAAUGGUUCUCGCAGAACAAUCACCAGGUGGUCUCUGAAGCUGCCGGUGAUAGCUGGAAACUGGAGCCUGCCGAGAUUCGUGGGAAGUACGAGCAUCUGGCGACUGAGAAGGCCAACCAUCUGAAAGCACAUCCCGGCUACAAGUUCUCCCCGGCAAAGGAUAAGAAGAAACGGGCGGGUGUCGACGAUGAUGGUAAUCUGGCAAAUACUCCUGAUUCUAGCCCAGCUCUGCUACAAAGCCAUGGGAUGAGCUCGUCAGAGGUGGAGAGCAGUGGUUGGGACAGCCGUGACUCUACUCCCUUUGACUUUGCGGAACACGGCUUACCUACAGACUCUAUUUUUGUUUCGUCUUCACCUUGGCACGCAAGUCGGGGUUCCAUGCCAGGCUACAUGCCUUCCUCUGACCCAUCUCCGUACCUACUUCACUCGGCACACCCGGGCUACAUGUCUCACCAUAACGACUUUCGGUUCAAACGGCCGAGUUUCCAGGACAUCUCGUACAACUCAUCAACUUCUCUGGCAGGACUGCCAGGAGCGUCCCACCAUGACCUCCUCCAGCCCGCCAGCUCUGCUUCUACUCCGGGAAGCGGUCAGCUAGACCCCCAGCUUCUGACUCUCCCAAACGAACUUCCGGGUGCCAAUCAGAUGUAUAGCGUCCAUCAGCCAUUGUGGCCUGAUGCAUCGACAGUCAACGGUUAUGUUCCCAUGACAACCUCGAUGCCGCCAAGCUCAGUCGCCUAUCAGGCGGGCUCAGCCUACUCAUCGGCAUCGGACAUCCAACACCUAGAAGGUCGCGACACAUGGGAUUCGCCCAAUGAUGCCAAAUUGGAGGGCUCUGGUGGCGACCUCAACUCCUGGAUGUCAUACUGAGAUCCGUGCUCGACGCACCCUUAAGUGUGAUAGUUCUGUUAUUGUCACGAUCUCAAAGGGUUGAGAUGUUUUCUGGUCCUGUUUCUCAGCGCGGUGGAUAUCUGUUUGAAACCAGAGUUGUUGCUCGGAGUUUCGGGGCGCUAAUAUACAUGGUGGCUUGGGACUUGUCUGUUUGUAUCUUCGAAUUUCUUGCUGAUUCUGGGCAAAUGCCCUGUCACAUUUGGCUGGCGUAUUCCGGACUUCUUGGCUUUUGCUUAUGGGUGGCAGUCUCGUUUAAUCAAUAUGUUUUGAUACCUUGUAACGGUACAUACUUGUGCACCGGUGUUCUUACUUAGGUUAGAAUAGUUGGCAAUUUACAUGACCAG